GUAGAUAUGCUCUACGUGAAAGAACUUCCGCCAUGGAUGUGUUGCGUCAAAACUUUCGCCUUUUGCCAGCAAGAAAUUUGUAAACUCCUGACCAUUAGGGAAACAUUUUAUACUUUCUUCCAAGAUGUCAAGACACAGAAUUGUCCGUAGUAUGAACUAUGAAGAUGAGCGGUAUGAGGAUGAUGAGUAUGACAUGGGGCAUUCAUAUGAGGACAGAUACUGUGUGUCACCAUCAACAGCUGCCCAGUUUACCUUCAAUCGAGAUAGAGGUGUAGAUCUUUCUUCUUAUAUGGGGGCGGAAGAAAUACCUGAGGAAAAUGCUGAUGACAUCAGUAUGGAGGCGACAACCUCACCCAAACAAGAUGCAGCAUCAAAAGCAGACCAGGCACUGCUUCACAGCUGCCUUGAUGAACUGCACAAUAUCUUGGGUGACAGCAUUUCAGAAGCUGUUCUUACAGAUGCAGUUGUGCGGCACAAUUAUAAUUUGGAGGCAGCACUCAAUGAAGUUCUUAGUCAUCAGGAUGCCCCCAAGCCUCAAAGACCACAAAGAAAAAAAAGGGACCAUGCACAAGGUGUAGAUGGAGUGAGGGAAGAUAUAUCUACACAAACAAAACAGUCCAAAGGUGCUUUUGAAUCAUCUGGUCAAAAUGGCCCGACUGUGAUAACUGCAUCUACAAAAAAAGAAGCACAGAAGGGCUUUGACACUAACAACAGUUUUGUAGAGAAGCCACCUUCUGAUGCUGGAACUGUUGGUGUGAGUGAUGCUAUCUCAGUGGAGGGUUUGAAUGAAGAAGUGGCAGCCCUGACUGUAGAGACAACACUGGACAAAGACAAAAACCCUGCUUUGGCAGCCAUCAGCUCUUCCUCUUCGUCACGACCAUCGACUCCUCACAAAUUGGAUCAUCCCAUUGGCAUUCCAAAGUCUGCCUCCAGAUCUAAAACUGACAGAAUUGAUGCCAAAGCAGAGUAUGCAAAGCGCCAAGGGGACAAAGACCUUAUCAACUUAGUGGUCAUUGGGCAUGUGGAUGCAGGGAAGAGCACACUGAUGGGACAUCUUCUGUAUCAGCUGGGCUCGGUCCAGCAGCGUACCAUGCACAAGUAUGAGCAAGAGUCACGCAAGCUGGGCAAGAGCUCCUUCGCAUUUGCAUGGGUGCUUGACGAAACUGAGGAAGAGAGGAGCAGAGGUGUUACUAUGGAUGUAGCACAGACGAGCUUUGUCACAGAAAAGAAGAUGGUCACUUUGCUGGAUGCUCCAGGCCACAAAGAUUUCAUUCCUAACAUGAUUACAGGGGCAGCCCAGGCGGAUGUUGCCAUUCUUGUCAUCAAUGCUACUCGUGGAGAGUUUGAAACGGGCUUUGAAUUAGGAGGCCAGACUCGUGAACAUGCUUUGCUGGCUAGAUCACUGGGUGUUAGCCAGAUGAUUGUUGCAGUCAAUAAAAUGGACACUGUGGAUUGGGAUCAGUUGCGAUAUGAUGAGAUUGUGAAGAAACUGCGCCAGUACCUGAAGCAAGUGGGUUUCAAAGAGGCUGACAUCUCCUUCAUCCCAUGUAGUGGUCUGGCAGGGGAAAACUUGGCAAAGCCAGCUGAGGAUCCAAAACUUACUGCUUGGUAUAAGGGCUGUACAUUGGUACAGCAGAUAGACCAGUUCAAGAAUAUGGAGAGGCCAGUGGACAAGCCAUUCCGCUACAGCGUGUCCGACAUUUUUAAGGGAAGUACUGGGGGAUUCAGCAUUGCUGGCCGCAUCAGUGCGGGUUACAUCAGGCCUGGUGACAAAGUGCUGGUGAUGCCAGCUGGCAGCUUGGCCGGCAUCAAAACUGUAAUGAUAGAUGAAGUGCCAGCACAGAUUGCCUUUGCUGGCGACCAGGUGACUAUGGUAUUGACAGGAAUAGACAUAAUUAAUGUCAACCUUGGUAGCAUCUUAUGUGAUCCAACUGCUCCAGUUCGUUCUGCAACUCGUAUCCGUGCCAAGAUUGUCAUCUUCAAUCUUGAAGUUCCAAUGACACGAGGGAUUCCUGUUGUAUUUCACUACCAGAGCAUCAAUGAACCAGCUGUUAUCAAACGUCUGGUGGCCCAGCUUAACAAGAGUACAGGAGAAGUCAUCAAAAAUAAACCUAAGUGCCUGACAAAGAAUAGCAGUGCAGUUGUAGAAAUUGAGUUUGAACGAAGUCUUUGUCUCGAACUGUAUGCUGACUAUCGGGAUCUUGGACGGUUUAUGCUGAGGCAAGGAGGGCACACCAUUGCUGCUGGACUUGUGGAAGAGAUUCUUCAAUCAAAGUCCCAAAAAGAUGAACAGAGCUGAUGGAGGUACCAUCAGGCAAAAUAAAGUUGAAAGUUUUGACUUAUUUCACUCAUGAAAUCUCUUGUUGGAAGAAUGUUCAUAAAUAUUGACACACGCUGCUGUGAAAACAUCAGCAGUUGGGCAUGAAGGAAUUGUGAUAAUGUUUCAGAGCAACACAGUUGUCACAGCUCGGCAUGCAGUAUAGUAUUCAGAAACUUUCUGACAAGAAUGGGCACUUCAGUCAGGAUUGGUAUAAGCUUGAAUGCAUUGCUGCAUUUCCUUUUGAUGACAUAGUCAUGUGCAGGCAUUCACCUGCUAUCGGAGGCAUCCCAUUUUUGUCUUUAAGUGUUGUGGUGAGAGGGCUUACAUUUGAUUUCAGAGAUAUAUUUCAACUAAACAGAUUCUUCCAUAAUGAACAAGAGCAAAGCUUAGAUUAGAUGUUGAUUGGAACCACUUAAUACAGGGUGCAGAACACAGAAGUAACCCACUUCCUUUGGUUGAUGGAGAGUGUAGGAGUCACUGCAUGCAUUUUGUGCAUAUAGAUAUAUAAAGCAUUGUGAAACAAUAGGGAGGUGGGCUCCUUCCAUGUCCUUCACCCUGUGUUAGUUCCCUUGGACAGAGAAGUGAAAGUGUCAGUCCUCUUCACCUUCCCUCCCCCACUCCCAAACAGCCACAUAACUGUCUGUGUUCAGGGUUACAUUUGGGUGCAUUCUACAUUGUCAGUGUGGUCAUACCAUCUUUCUCUAUUCUGCUGUAGGUCCCUUUUAGGUCAAUCUUCUGCACUGCCCAUGGGUUGAAAUCCUUCAGAUGUAGGGCCUGAGCUGCCAUGGGGGUAUAUAUGCAUCUUUAAUGAGCAAACAGUGGAAACAAUGUGCAAUGUGUGCUUGCUGUGUAUCUUUGAGCUUGAGUUGCAUUUCUCUCCACCCCUCGCUUCCCAACCAAAUUUCUUGUAGUGCUAGGACUGUCCAGUGGCACAACAGUUAGGACCUGUCACCAAUAUAGUGAAGGCUGGCUGUCCUGGGUUCAGAUCUUGUCUUGGGCACGCUAUUCUUUCUCUGCAUGUAGCAUCUGUAUGCAGGGCUGGCUGCCUUGCCCUGAAAUAUCCUUAGCUGUUCGCUCGGUGUUAAUACAUCCAUUCCCCCCUCCCCUCACACACCUGUAGAUCAUGAGGUUACACCAUUUUAUUAAAAUAGUCUUCACUUUCCAUAAAUAACUAAAGAUCAUUACUGAAAAUGUGGGCCUCAGCAGCGUUCUGAUUUUGUAUGGUUUGUACAUAAUAGGAAGUUGGGCAACAGCAAAAAAAAAUUUGCUGGAAUGCAAUGUUCUAAACGAUUCAUUGUGUAUGGUGUAUCUCACCCAGUGCUAUGGUGGGACAAUACUUCGGGUGGGAAGGAUUUGCUGCAUCCACCUCUGAUGCAUGGAAAAGAUGAAUUCUUUGUAUGUGCUUCAGCUUGGGUAACAGCGUAUUAAACUCUCUUCACGUAGGUUUUAUGUGGUCAGCAAGGUUCCACAGCUCUAACUUUGGAUGUAGCAUGAAACAUUUGUAAAGGUGUAUACAUUGAUCUUAUCAAGCAAGAUGCAUAAUUUUAGAACACUAACAGAAGUGUUGACACGUAGUCUUUUUCAGCUCACUUGGUAAAGCAGAGUCUUGGUGAAUGUUGCACGUGUAAUUGUAGAGUAUGUUUCAGAAAAGUGAUGAGGCUUGUUAUGAAGGUACACUUGUGGAAUUCCUCUUUCAUGAUUUCUAGUCCGAAGGUAUUUUUACAGAUAUUUGUUGAGUAUGGGGAGACAUGGGUUUAAGUUCCCCUCUCCCUUGAAUCUGGUAAAUUUCCAUACGUGUUGUUGAAUGUGGCCCUCUGCUCCUCGAGGAGUAACAAGGAAUAAACUAAGUUGCGUAGUGUUAAUUAGCAUAAAGAACACACCAUUUUCAGGGAUGGUCUGCCAUCUGCAUUUGUGCCCGUUACCUGUGGUAGUCUUUUGGAAUGUUGUCCAUCACUGUGUCUGCUAUUGAUGCAAUGUUCGCAAGUUUUUUUUUUAGAUUGUACAUCAUGUACUUUUUAAUUGUGGCAAGACUGAUUACAGUUGAUGGAGACUAGUGCUAAGAUACUGACAUUUGUUUUCACACCCAAUGAAUAUGGAAGACAGAAAAACUGCUCGAUGUGAUACAAAAAAUAUCCAGGAAUACUGUUGGUACUCGCUGGUUUUCAAGAUAGGAUUGUGCUUUUAUACCUUAGAGCUGGACUGGCUCACCAUAAUCCAUUAUCAAAUGGCAAGAAGCUGCCAAGUGGAAUGAUGUUUUAUGACAGGAUUCAAAAACUUUUUGUCUUGGUUGGAGCUUUACUCAUGCAUUCAUGUCUCUGAAAGCAACUCAUAAAUAAAAAUUGGUGGUCUCUU